AUGAAAGAGCUUGAGCUCCAGGUACAAGAGAAAACCAUUAAGGAGCUCAAAGACAAUAUUAACUAUAAUAAGAUAACUCUAAGCGAGUUUAAGGAGUAUAUAGAGGAAUUUACUAAUAAGCUAGACAAGCUUGAGAUCGAGAGAGAUAAGCUUAAGACCGAGAGAGAUACUCUAGCGAUUAAAAAUAAAAAGACUACCUUACUUAUUAACUACUUGAAGAAGGAUCGGCUGGAAAUAGCAGAGUUUCAGAUAUAUACUGUUAAGGGACUUGAAAGCGAGAUCUAA